GGAGACUCAGCCCGAGCUGACAGCUUUAUCCCACUUACAGGUCAGCGGACAUGUGGCGCCUGGGCUGCCUGAUCUGGGAAGUUUUCAAUGGACCGCUGCAGAGAUCCUCCUCCCUCCGCUCCCUCGGAAAGAUUCCCAAGUCCCUGGUUCCUCAUUACUGCGAGCUGGUCGGAGCCAAUCCUAAAGCCAGGCCGAACCCGGCCAAGUUUCUGCAGAACUGCCGGGGCCCCAAUGGUUUCAUGAGCAAUAGGUUCAUAGAGACCAACCUCUUCCUGGAGGAGAUUCAGAUUAAGGAGCCCAUGGAACGCCAGAACUUCUUCCUGGAGCUGAGCUCGCAGCUCGACACUUACCCCGAUAACUUCUGCAAGCACAAGAUCCUGCCGCAGCUGCUGACAGCAUUUGAGUUCGGCAACGCUGGCGCCGUUAUCCUCACCCCACUCUUCAAAGUGGGGAAGUUGCUCAGCGUGGAGGAGUACCAGCAGAAGAUUAUCCCCGUUGUAGUGAAGAUGUUCUCCUCGACAGACCGAGCCAUGAGGAUCCGCCUGCUCCAGCAGAUGGAACAGUUUAUUCAGUACCUGAACGAAGCGACAGUAAACGCCCAGAUCUUCCCCCACGUCGUCCAGGGCUUCAUGGAUACGAAUCCCGCCAUAAGGGAGCAGACAGUCAAGUCGAUGCUGCUGCUGGCCCCGAAGCUCAGUGACAGUAACCUGAACGUCGAGCUGAUGAAACACUUUGCACGGCUGCAGGCGAAGGAUGAUCAGGGGCCUAUUCGCUGCAACACCACAGUCUGCCUGGGGAAGAUCUCCUCUUAUCUCAAUGCUGGUACCAGGCACAGGAUCCUCAUCUCCGCUUUCUCCCGAGCAACAAAGGAUCCGUUUGCUCCCUCCAGGGCAGCUGGUGUCCUGGGCUUUGCUGCCACACACAGUUACUAUUCGGUCAGCGACUGUGCCUGUAAAAUCCUGCAGGUGCUUUGUCCAUUGAUGGUGGAUCCUGACAAGAAUGUCCGCGAUCAGGCCUUUAAAGCAGUGCGGAGCUUCCUGGCAAAGCUGGAAACGGUCUCGGAAGAUCCGUCCAAACUCCCGGAAGUGGAGAAAGAUAUCAACUCUGCUUCGUCAAGUCCCACAGGUGCCCUGAUGACUGGCAGUUGGGCAGGCUGGGCUGUCACGGGGGUGUCCACUCUCACUUCGAAGUUAAUCCGAGGAAAUCCAGCAGCUGGAGGGCAGCCAGCUGCAGGACAGGUCCCAGGAGACAAGCCGGAGACGAGAGAAGAGGCGGGUGACGGACCGAGUACCACGGCCGUCACCCCCGCAGCACCGGCCCCCUGCGAAGAGCCAGCCGACGAGGAGGAUGCGGCAGACAAGUGGGAUGACGAAGACUGGGGUAGCCUCGAGAGCAUCUCUGCCAGCGGCAACAAGGAUCCCAGUCGCGUGGCUUCCGACUGGGACACUGCGGGCUGGGGUGUGAGCGACAGCUGGGAACUGAAAGCGGCCCAGGAUCAGGGUCCUGCGGAAACAGACAGCUGGACCAGCGAGUGGGGCAAUGAGCUGAUGCUGAGUCAGAGCAAGACCCUGAAGGUCAGGGCCUCGGCAAGUCGGCAGGAGGUGCGGUUGGCGAGUGAGUACAACUGGGACGGGACGAGUGGCCUGAGCAAAGACGAGGACCUGUUUGCGACGCUCAGUCAGCCAUCUGCACCAAGCCAGAAAAACGAGGAUACUUGGAAUGUGGAUCCCACAGCUGGCUGGGACACUGAAGAAAACUGGGAGUCAAUCGAAGCUGAACCAGGACUAAGCAAAUCAGAUCUCGCCAGGAAGAAGCGGGAGGAGCGGAAGAGAGAAAUAGAGGCAAAGAGAGCAGAGAGAAAAGCUGCCAAAGGACCAUUGAAGCUUGGUGGCCGAAAAGUUGACUGAAGUGAUGCAGCUGCUGAUCACUAUGACAGUGCAAUUUUGUGUUCCAUUUCAUUUGUGGGAGUCCCUAUGCUUUAACCACCACACCCCUUGUUUCUUCUGGAGCCUCUACUCUCAAGGAAUUCUGUGCUAUGCAGUAUGUAUGUAAGGACAAUGGGAAGUGGAUGAAGAUGCACCAAACAAAAACUGUAGCAACAGUUGGAUUCUCAAAGCAUGAUAAGUUGCUGGUUUCACAUUACGUGGGACCUCUACACUGAUCAUGCCCUGUUUGGAUAUUCAUUGUAUGAGACUGUAGUGCAAUUACACAGCUGAGCAGUAAAAGUCUUUGAAAGCUAA